AUGCCCGUGAACGGUGAUUCAAUUGCAGCUUUAUCACCGGAUGAACUGAACGCGGAACACAAAGUUCUCGCUGAAUUCGCGAAUUUAACAAAUUCUCAAGUAUAUGAACAUAUAUUUAGUCAACGAAUGAUGUUGCCAAAACGAAAUGUCGCAAGCCUUCAUUCUGCAUCCGAUAUAUUAGGGACAGAUUCGUGUGAACUUAUACUUCCAACCCUUCACGAAGCUUUGCAAACCGAAUUAUUUCAUACAGCGGAUUCACCCGAGUUUCAUCUGUUGGAUAUCGGGGCGAGCGCUGGUGAAAUCAUCGAUUGGUGUCUUGCCAAAGAACUUGAAAAGAAUAUUCAAUUAAAUAGACAAAAUAUUAUACACGUAGUCGAACCAAAUUCCAUGUUAUUAAAAGCUUAUCAACAAAAGAUAUGCGAGUUCCCUCAUCUGAACCAAGGAAUUGUCUAUAACGGAAGGGUACAAGAUUACUUUGUUAACCACCAAAUUGGUGAUUUUGAGACGCCUUUGCCCCUUACUCCCUUGGACUUUAUUAAUGGUCUACAUGUGAUUAAUUACCUGGUCGAUAUAAAUUCUCCAAGUAUCGAUCCAUCAAACGACAUCAUUUCCUUUUCAAAAUUUCUCUAUUCACUUUUGAAGCCAGGUGGUACGAUUUACUUCGCACAUUACAAUAUACUGGGUUCUCUUAGCUUUGAUGAUAAAGAAAUAUUUCAAAAGGCUCAACAAAUAAUUUCUUCAAGGAAUUCUUUAUUAUUUGAAGGAGAAAUUAUUGAUCACCUUCACUCUUUAGAAUUGAACGAAUUUGAAGUAGAUGAUGAUAGUGAUGAUGCAACAUCGUUCGAAAUUCACAAACGUAAAGUUAAAACCAUACCAACAUUUAAUUCAUAUAGUUUACCCAGUUCAUUUUACGCAAGAUCUUUAGCCGAUAUGGCCGUCCUCUUAUUGGCUGGUCAAUUAACAGAUGUUAACGAAGGAAGGUUUGAUACUAAAUUGUUGGAUGAUGUCUUGCGGCAAGUUAAAGAAGCCGCUUUGACUCCCGUCGGAAUGAAUGAAAAGAAAAGAUUUGGGCUGACGAGAUGUCUGAGGGGAGGUGAAAUGGUUUGGAAAGUUGACUUUCCAUUAAUUAUUAGCAUAAUUCGGAAGGAAAAGGUUCACGUGUGA